AUAACUCAACAUAGUAUAUGGGAUAAAACCAACAUCAACAGAUAACUUAUUUCUGCUUACUAAACUUAGUUAGUAAAAUAAUAAUUUGAUUUAAAGAUGAUCAGUGGAAGAAGAAAAUUUUUUAUAAUGAUGAAAAUAGCUCUACAAUUGUUGAUCAGUUUAUAUGUCCUGAGUCAAGUUUCCUGUGACGAAGACCAUAAUCCACUACAAGUAUGGGAUCCAUUAGAAUACAAUCCUCGAAAUCCAGUCAUCUCUCCAUAUAAACGUCGACAAAUAUUUCGUUUUGGUAAACGAAAUUCCUAUCCCACAACCAACAGAGAGAUAAAUGAUUUGCCUAAUCUAUGGGAAAUCUAUCACAAAUGAUCAACUGACAGAAUCUAUUUAUUUUUUUUUCUAAACUAAAGCAAUAUAUCUAUAUAUGUUUGAAAUAUUAAAAUAUAUUGAAUAAUUGAAAUUCAUUGUAACCAGUUACUUUUUUACUGUCUAAUUUAAAUUGAACUAAAGAAACAUUAAAUAAUACAGCAUGAAUUUUCAAUAAAAA